AAUGCAAAGCUAUUCUAGGGAAAUAAAACAUAAGAAGGUGAGUUUGUUUCUUCAAGUUUGCUAAUUUUUAGUUAUGAUCAGAUCACACUUUCUAGAAUGCGUGGCUGUUGUUGCUAUCUGUGUCCUAAGUGUCGGUGCGCUGGACACGUUUAUCGCUGCAGUGUAUGAGCAUGCAGUUAUACUACCAAACAGAACAGAAACACCUGUUUCAAAAGAAGAAGCUUUGCUCUUGAUGCACAAGAACAUAGAUAUUUUGGAGAAAGCAGUUAAGCUGGCAGCCAAGCAGGGUGCACAAAUCAUUGUGACCCCAGAAGAUGGAAUCUAUGGUUGGAUCUUCACCAGGGAGAGCAUUUACCCCUAUUUGGAGGAUGUACCAGACCCUAAAGUGAACUGGAUUCCAUGUAGAGACCCCAAGAGAAAUAGCUAAAAUAUAACAAGUUGUGGAAAUGUCUAUUGAAAUAGAUUUGGCUACACACCAGUUCUAGAAAGACUCAGCUGCCUGGCCAAGGACAACUCUAUCUAUGUCGUGGCAAAUAUUGGGGACAAGAAGCCAUGCAAUGCCAGUGACUCUCAGUGUCCCCCUGAUGGCCGUUACCAAUACAACACUGACGUGGUCUUUGAUUCUCAGGGUAGACUGGUGGCACGCUACCAUAAGUACAAUCUUUUUGAACCUGAAAUUCAAUUUGAUUUCCCCAAGGAUUCAGAAUUUGUGACUUUUGACACUCCAUUUGGGAAGUUUGGUAUUUUUACUUGCUUUGACAUUUUUUCUCACGAUCCAGCUGUGGUGGUAGUGGAUGAGUUUCAAGUGGACAGUGUUGUCUACCCCACAGCAUGGUACAACACCCUGCCCCUCCUCUCUGCUGUUCCGUUCCAUUCGGCCUGGGCCAGAGCCAUGGGAGUCAAUCUACUUGCUGCGAAUACCCACAACACAAGCAUGCACAUGACAGGUAGUGGAAUCUAUGCCCCAGAAGCAGUCAAGGUGUAUCACUAUGACAUGGAGACAGAGAGUGGCCAGCUGCUGCUAUCAGAAUUGAAGUCUUGGCCUCGCCGUGAGCCCACCUACCCUGCGGCUGUUGACUGGAGUGCUUAUGCCAGAAGUGUCAAGCCAUUCUCCUCCGAGCAGUCAGAUUUUCCAGGGAUGAUUUAUUUUGAUGAGUUUACUUUCACGGAGCUUAAGAGAAACACAGGAAAUCAUUCAGUUUGCCAGAAAGACCUCUGUUGCCACUUAACCUACAAGAUGUCUGAGAAGCGAGCAGAUGAGGUCUAUGCACUAGGUGCUUUUGAUGGACUACACACAGUAGAAGGCCAAUAUUACUUGCAGAUAUGCACAUUACUGAAGUGCCAAACCCCUGACCUGAGAACUUGUGGGGAGCCUGUGGGAUCAGCUUUUACCAAGUUUGAAGAAUUCUCCCUCAGUGGCACAUUCAGCACGCGUUAUGUUUUCCCACAGAUCAUUCUAAGUGGGAGUCAGCUUGCUCCUGAAAGCCAUUAUGAGGUUUCAAGAGAUGGACGUCUGAGGAGCCAAAAUGGAGUCCCUUUGCCGGUCUUAGUAAUGGCCCUGUAUGGAAGAGUGUUUGAGAAGGAUCCUCCUCGCUUAGGGCAGGGACCCAGGAAGUUACAGUGAUCUCCUUUACCAGAAUUCUUUCAGAAUUAGCGUGGCAAUUAGAGGAAGAAGAGGAAGAGAGCCCUUAGUGUCUGUGUGGAAGAGGUCAAAAACUUACUGAAACAUGAAAUAAACUUAAGAAGAUUUAAAAAG